UUGUUGACGUAUAUCCACUUCCUGGUUGUGCUGAAAACACUCGUGGUGUGUGUUGUUGUAUGUGUUUGUUGUAGCGCAGCUGCGCGACAUUAAAGAAAGUGUUUGGUUCAUUUUAACAUCAUGUUUCAGCUGCAGAGCUUCAGUUAGACCGAUCACACGCGUCCUGAGCCUCUUCCUCGUUGGAGGAACCAGGAGGAUUCAGUCUCCUACGGCUUCCUACCAAAGACCUGUUGCUGAGCUCCACAAUGACCGGAGUGCAUAAACCUUUACAAUGCACUCAGACAGACGCCAUUGUUGAAGCUCUUUCAGCGGAGUCGUGCCACAUUGUUCUGGAAACAUCUCCCCCAGACUAUGUGGAGAAAAUAUCGCGGUAUCUCGAGUCUUCGGUGGGACAUGGCGGACAGGAUGCAGGACCUAAUGACCCAGCCGAAGAAGAAAGUGAUUCAGGAGACAGUCUGUUCAUCACUCAGAAACCAGUACCUGAGGCUGUGAGGUCACGGAGACGGUGUCGCUACAAUCUGAAGUCAGAAAGUGGAGAUGACCUUUCAUCGUCCGACUCCCACGAAGAAUCCAGAACUGCCAAAAGGAGACAAGCGAAGAGAAUAAGACCUCCAAAGUUCAGUUUCCCUUUCCUCACUGACAGGAAGUCAAAGCACAGGAGCACUCAGUUAUGUGCAAGGCAGAGCACAGCCCUGCACAAUUAUGCGAUGGGCGGCUUCCUCAGAUGUGUCAGAGAGCUGUGGCAGAGCUACCAGCAAGAAGAUGACGUGCAGUCGUCUUUACCAACAGUCGACAUGGACGGGGAGAACAUACCUCCGUUGUCAGAAGAAGAAGAAAGGUCAGAAAGUGAAGACAUCAAAGUGGUCGAGAGGAAAUGUUUUGUCGCACCUUCAAAAUCAAAGUGCUCACAGCCCUGGUACACUCCAGGAAAGAGAGACUUCGAGGUGAAACGACAAAGAAGUUCACAAAGAGUUCGACAAGAAGGAACGUCACAAGAUAGACAAAGGAAAAAGUUGCAUAAAAUACUAGCGAAAAGGUCCACGUCCAGGGUUACAGCACCGUCUCCAGACACAGAGAGCUCUGAUAACGGGGAUCCUUCUCAUAGAGUUCUGACGGAGAGAGAGACGAGUGAUAAACACGUGACAUGUGACAGAAGCAUCGCGGCAAAGACUCGUCUUACCGGAGGAAACAAAGAGAUUCUUCCUCAGGAAAAAGAAAGUGAGGAAGAGCUGUGUGGCGACAGUGAUGCUACAAUGUGUGAGGCGCUCGAACGGGGAAGUCCGAGGGAAAACACACUAAAUGGCAGAGAACCGUGUCCAAAUGUAACAGAGCCUCCAGCUGAUGUUUUCUAUACGGACGGUCUGUCAGAGACAGGACAGGAAGAAGACGAACCUGAAAGCCAAAGUCUUCUCCAGAGUCUCCCGGACCUUAUAAGUGACACUAAUAAUGAUAAAACCAGAGUAAAGAACAAGAAAAAAGCAAAGGGAGAUGAUGACAGUGUAGAAGGAGGAAGGGGCCAGAGUCAUAAGGAGCCUGAGGGUCUGCACGCUGCAGCGUCUGUGACUGUGGAGGAGGAAGAGACUCCCAGCCCGUCUGAGGAUCAUCCAGCAGAGCCUCCGGCCUCGCAGAGCAGCGACCAGACGCAGCUAAGUGAAGACAAUCCCUCACAUGAUGAUAUCAUACCGAGACAGGAGGAGAGACUCAGUCCUGAUUCAAAACAGAUGAAGAAGAAGAAGAGAAAAAAGAAGAAGGCAGCAGAUAACAUUAGAAAGGAGGAGGAUGGAAACUUAAAAUCUGAUGUGAGAUCAGAGAAUGAUUCUCUGUUUUCAGUGACAUGUAACAUGGUGAAUGACGGCAAGGAAGAGAAGAAGAAAAAGAAAAAGAAGGAAAGAAGUGUUGGGGAUGAUGAGGGCGUUGAUCAGUUAAUACCUCUGAAUGAAGAUGAGACGGGGAGGAAAAAGAAAAAAAUGAAAAAAGAAAAGCUGAUUGUAAAUAUGGAGGAAUAUGAAGAAGAGGAAGCACUGGCUUCAGAUCGACCUCUGUCGUCAGAGAGACCGUUGGAGGAAAAGGAAAAUAGUGAUGCUCCUCGAGAAACAUUAGAAAAGAAAAGAAAAAAGCAGAAAAAGAAGCAGCUGUCGGCUUCUCACGAGGAAGCUGAGGUCGGAGUAGACAGUGGUGCAGAUAUGAGCUCGAAUAAUGAUGUAACCUUGGAAGGAAGUACAAGACAGUCAGUGAAGAAGAAUAAGAGGAGGGAAAGUAUCUUUGAGGGGGAAGAUAUUUCUAGCACCCCUGACAAAAACAAAAAGGUUAAUGAUGCAGAAAAUCCCCAGAAAACAGACGAGGUCCCCGACGACCAAGAUGCUGAACUGGUGUCUAAAAAGAAGAAGAAGAAGAAGAAGAAGAGGGAAAGUAUCUGUGAGGGGGAACAUAUUUCUAGCACUCCUGACAAAAACAAAAAAUUGAAUAAUGCAGGAAAUUGUCAGAAAACAGACGAGGGCCCUGACGACCAAGACACUGAACUGGUGUCUAAGAAAAAGAAGAAGAAGAAAAAGAAUGAAAUGAUUAGCAGAAAUGUCUCAGAGGAUGCUGUGACACAAAGCGAUGAUUCAGUGUCUGUGCGGAAAAAGGAAAAGAAGAGGACCUCUUCCUUCCUCGCUGCUGAUGCAGAGGAAAAAGAGGCUCAAACGCACGAUGACAAAACAUCUGUAGCUGCUCAUGUCUGGGGCGCAGAAAGGCCUGGAGUCAGCGCUGGUGAGUUUCAGACCGAAUCAGCAGAAAUCGCUGGAAAUUUGGAGACAUCUAAUGAUGGGGUGAGGAAAAAGAAAAGGAAGAGAAAGAUGUCGAUGGUGCAGGAGAAUGUUGAGGAGGGUCACAGGCAGGAUGUUAAAGAACCAACCGACACAUGUGAGAGCGCUUUGCCUGAAAACACUGACACGGGGGUAAAAAGAAAAAAGAAACGAAGGAGAAAUGAAAGUGAGUCAGUGACCCCCAUGGAAAGAUUAGACGGUGCAGCUGAAGCGGGAUGUCCUGCAGCUGAUGAGGCCACGGUGUUGAAGAAGAAGAAGAAGAAGAAGACACAGAAGAGUCCACCAGCUGCCACUGACGAUGCUGAAUCAGAGGAAGCUAUGCUGAAAAACUGCAGCUCAGUUUCACACAAGAGAAAAGACAAACACUCGACUUCUGCUGCAGUCACAAAGGAAAUAGACGGUGACAGCGCUGAAAUGUCUCAUGAUGGUGGAACCUCUGACAAAACGUCCAAGGAAACACUGAACAUGGCUGAACCCGCUUCCCCAUCUUCAGAAACACCUGGAAAUCCAGAAUUAAAUCAUGUGAGGGAAAAGAAAAAGAAGAAAAAAGUAAAAUCCACUGAUAAUGUUUUGCUUGAGAGGAAACUGUCGACUGAAUCUGCAGAAAUAGAGACACCUAAAUCCAAAAAGAAGGAAAGAAAUAAGACAAGUGUCCCCAGCUUCAUGUCCAGCAGCCCUGUGUUGUCACAGUCUGAGGUGUCCUCCUCGGACUGCAGCAGAAAAAACAAACCCAAAAAGGCCAAGAGGAGACUUCAUAACCCAAGUGAAGACUUCUUCUCUGAUUAUUAGAGUGAACUUGUUGUUGGGAGUUCGACCAGUGGAGAGAAAUUCUCCCCAACGACGGAAACACGUGAAACAACUGCAGCAGCUACAAACGACAUGAAGCUGAUGUUUUUAAGAGACUGACGGUGUCAGAGUUAAAACGUUGACCAUGAAGCCGUGAGGCUUUCACAACCACUUUGUUUUGUAUCAAAGCAUAUGUACCAACACGGCUCUCGACCUUUGUGGAGUUGAGAUGAACUCUGGAGAAAUAACAACGUGCUAAAAUCAACCAUAGAGAUACUUUUUCUUUUACUUUUUACCCAAAAUGAAAGUUAAAUAAAAACAGUGGGAGUGUUACAGUAUGAGGAGGAAAAAAGUUCAUGAAUAAAUCAAAUUAUAUAAAAUAUUUAUAAUCCCUCUGUUUCUGAACAAAAUCUCAGAAAACCUGAAUCUUUUUUUUAUGUUUUUGAAUUCAACAUGUAGCCUGACACCUAAUGGGCAUGUGAGAGAAAAGGCUUCAUUUAUUUAUUAUUUUAACAAUGUUUUGUUGCUCUCAGUGUCAUUUUUCCUGGUCCUUGUUUUGUUUUGAGCGUUCUUCUGUACCUUUUUAAGAAAUGAGAGACAUUUUUAUUUGAUAAUUCAAAGUCAGGAAGAAGUCCCGUGUUGAUUUAUGAGACGUUGCACUGUCGUACAAACCAACUGCUGCUAACAGAAGUUAAUGGUGCUUGGGAACUUCAGCUUUCUUCACUGCUGCAGGAACCUGUUCACUCGAACUGUUCACACCUGUUCGCAGGCUUCAUCUGAGGUGAGAACUAUGUGUGAGGUCAGCAGGUGACGCUGUUCCACUGCUGUUGGUAAAACACUUUUAUUAACUGGUGUUUAACUUGUGAUCUGUGUCUUACAGGCACGGUUCACUUUUGACAAGCAUAUGUGCUUAAUGUUAUAUUUAUAUUGUACAUUAUAUAUUUAGAGGCGUCAAGGUUUAACAUCAUCUGACUUUUCUACUUGUGUUCCUGUACUGUGAACGCCAUGAAUGUAAUAAAUCCUACAACCUCUAGCAACA